AUGCAGUUUGUUUACCCAGAGUUAAAUAAUUUAAACUAUGAAGGAAUCAGUGGUAUUCCUGCGAAAGUGUUUUCAUGUAUUCGAACUACUUUUGAACAUGAAUAUGAAUAUUGUUAUUAUUUAAGAUAUACAACAACUACACCCAAAGUUGUUAUUAUUGUUACAAAGGAAUACAACACUUUUUUCCUUGAUUUAUUGAGGGCAAUGUUAAAUAUAAAGGAAUUUUUAAAUCCACCAUUAAUUCUUCAGCGAUGUAUGACGCUAACAAAUAAAGAACUUAAAAAAUCAUUUAUUACAUUAGGUAACUUCCAAAUAACUAAUAAACAACCAAAUUAUGUUAUUGAAACAAUUAAGGCAUUUGGAGUUAAUACAUUUGUUGAUAUUGUAUUUAAGAUGCUCCUUGAAGAACGAUUUAUUUUUCAUAGUUGUACUCCAGAAACUAUUCAUCCAACUAUUCAGGCAUUUCUUAAUGUUCUCCAACCGUUUAUGUGGCAACACAUUUUAAUUCCAAUAUUACCUCUUUUUCUUUCAUCAUAUUUAAGUUCAAUACUUCCAUGUAUAAUUGGAUGUACACGUGGUACUUAUGCUAAUUUUAUGAUGGAAUUUGGUGAAGAUGAUGAUGUUCAUGUUAUAGACAUUGACAAGCACCAAGAAGUUUCACGGUGUAUUCGAGAAAAUUAUUUAGUUAAUAUGCCAAUGGGAAUUUUUAUGGCAAAACUAGAUUUUAUUAUUGCUAAUGAACAAAACUUUAAUGAUGAAGAUGUGAUCAAAUUAUUUAAACAACUAUAUAAGUUAAUGUUGGAGAGACACAGUCAUUUUUUCAAAAAGAAUGAAUCUAAAUUUGAGUUUGCUCAAGAAAUGUUUAUAUCAAGUACAUCUUCUUUUAAGGAUUUUUUGAAACACUUCAGUCAGUCUCAAAUGUUUUUUCAAUUUAUAGAAGAAGAAACAAACAGAUUAAAUUUUAAUAUUCCAAUAUCACCGAUAAUAAAUGAAAUUUUUACUGUUAACUAUAAAAAGUUACAAGAUAUUAGUUCAAUUCAAAGAAGGUGUGGGAGAUGUCUUGAAGAGAUAGUUAAAGAAGAUCCUGUUUUUCAAUACCAAGAUAAUUCAGUCCAUCAUAGACAGUGUGCAAGAUGUAUUAUUUGUAAUAAAUUCAGUGAUAGAAAGAAGUGUUUGUUAUGUGGAGGUAUUAAUGAACCAAUAACCAAACAAGAUAUUACACAAACACCUCAUAACUAUCAUGCAUUACCACCAACUCCUCCAAAACAGCAAAAUUAUCCAACACCACCACCUCAAGAUGAGAUUAUUUUUUGUAAACCACCAGCCCUCCCUCCAAGAAGAAGUGUUUCAACAACUCAAGCUAUACCAACAGUCCCUUCAAGAACGUACCCAACAAAGAAUAACAGUAAACAAUUGGAACAACAAACUAAAAUAACAAGUGGACGUGCCAACUUGUCUUCUAGUCUAACAUCUCCUAGAACUAUUGAAAGAACUGAACCAACAAAUAAGAGACCAUUACCACCUGUACCAAAUAAAAGAACCAAUUUCAAAAUUAAUUAUUAUUAA